UGUGAAUUAAAGUUUUGAAAGUGAAAUGGAGGGAAUAUUGAAAAUGAAGAAAAAAUCAUAUGAGCAUACUCGCCAUCGAUAAAGAAAAAGUAGCGUCAUUGGAGGUUAUUUGUCCAUUUUGGCGAGUUUGGUGGCUGCAGGUGACAUUAUUGCUGUUCGUAGGCACGGUGUCGUCGCCGCCAGUGCAGUUUGAGUGCAGGAAUGGAAACAGCACUUGCUCCUGCAUUGGCUGCUCGCACCUGCCGACGAACCUGCCACCGGGUGUGAGUAGAAUCGAAAUGAUCGGAGACGGCGUCAGUCCCUUCUAUUUUCCCACCAAUGUCUUGCCCGAGUACGCUAAUGUCAAAUCAGUCUUUAUCAACAACUACAGUAUACCAGCUGUCCGCUCAGGAGACCUUUCCUCCUUUGAGAAUGCGAUGAUCAUCUCUCUAUCAAACAACGGGUUGAAAUAUAUUGACGAGUAUAUCAUCAAUUCCAACAAGAAUCUGAAGCGUCUGCUCCUGAAUGACAACCCAGAACUCCAGCCGGUUCCUAUUCGUAGUGAGUCGUUGACAGAGCUCUACCUGCAGAACAGUGGACCCAGCAGCUUCGACCCACAACUGCUGCAGCAUCUUCCGGAUAGGGGAAAUCUGUAUAUCACCGGCAGCGACAAAUUGCACUGUUCUCAGGAAUCUGAGAACAUCCGCAAACACUACCCAGAUUUCAAAGCGCACUGCUCACCCAAAAAAAAAGCCGCCACCAUAAACAGCACUACCACCACCACUGAAAGCAAAGCACCCUCAAAUGUCAACUAUGCCACUGAAAACAGCACUACCACGACCACUGAAAGCAAAGCAGCCUCAAAUGCCAACUAUGCCACUAAAAACAGCACUACCACAACCACUGAAAGCAAAGCACCCUCAAAUGCCAACACUUCUAUAAUCUGGUUCAUAUUACUUCCUGUAGUAUUUUUCGCUAUUCUGGCAGGUGUAUUUGUAUUUGUAGUUAAAAGGCUGACACCCUACUACCAACUGGACCGGGGAACCGAAGAAGUAGGAGGUGGAAUGUGGCCAGCCGUCAUCGGUGUUCGGUGGCGGGUUACGGAUAAUGUAUAGUGCGUGAUGGCGGGUACUGCUGUAUACUGUUAAUGAAAUGUGGGCUGUUGCGACCCUUGGUCUGCCUCCAGUGGUGGUUUUAGAAUACUGUAUUGUACAUGGUGCCGGGUAUUUUAUACAUUUAUGAAAUGCAAAUAAAGGUAAAAAAUGGAUAAACCUGGCGACGACCUUCGAAUAGCGUGGUGCAUUCUAUAUACUGUUUA